UGAUAGUCGAUUCGCAAUUUAAUAUGAAGACAGUUUAUUUACAAUUGACCUUCAUCGUUUUGGUCAUUUCUGUAUUUGGUCAUAAAAACAGAAUCGGGUCAAAUACUAAGAAAGAAGGCGAAAACUUAAAUAUUACAGGCGUGCAGUUCAUGAUAGCAGUAAAUGCAACUUAUCAAGGAGAACAUGGUUGUAUUGCUUCUGUUCAAACUCCCUGGCUGCAACCAGGAAAGAAAUGGAAUGAGACAAAGCCGAUAAAAGUAGAGAGUUGUGACAAGGGAAAAAUGAUUUACCAAAUUAUUCCUGCAACUGACGGAAAAAGCAAAGUUAGCAUCAACGUGACUUUUUUCUCCUCUGAUGUCUUGGAUGCUGAGCCACCAAUGUGCCAGAUCCCAUUUAAUGGAACCUUUCUCCUUCCUGGUCCAGAUGGUUAUGAUGACGAGCUCAUGCCCAAUUGUUUUGUCCAAGAUUCUCGAGAAGGUGUAUUGGGGUUGUCGUGUAACUUUGACACUGGCCCCUGUGAGUGGUUUCCUGUAAAAGGCAAUUUAGUUCAGUGGAAAAUUGGCACAGGAAGUACCCUGGAUCCAUCAUCAGGUCCAGACGGCGACCAUUCGUCAACAGGAAAUGGCCAGUACCUUUAUAUAGAUGGUCAUGAGUUCUUCAACUCCUCUCUGGUAGCUGAAAUAAGAAGUCCCGAAUUCUACAUUCUGGACAACGCUACCCUCUCUUUCUGGUACCAUAUGAAUGGGGCGGGUGUUGGUGAACUGAGAGUUAUAUUUGUGGACCGAUACGAUAACAAAAAGGUUGUCUGGACCAAAUCUCGUAGACAAGGACCAGGGUGGCACCAGGCUAUUCUUGCCCUAGAUGACCUCACUGCCUACGUUAUAUUUGAAGGAUCAACAAGACUCCAUUAUUCUUCUGAUAUCGCCAUUGAUGACAUUUCUGUUUCCAAGGAACCCUAUGAAUUAACACACAGUCCAUUAUUUACAACCAUAACUUCAACACAAAUGACGUCAACUUCAUUAAUACCAAUAAUUCCACUGGUUACACUUGAUUGUACCUUCAACAGAGGUAUGUGUUCUUGGCUUCAGGAUUCCAGGGACCAGUUGGAUUGGCAUAGGUGGUACGGAAGCUCUCCUGACUUUACUUCCGGUCCAAAGAUUGAUCAUAAAAAUACAACGGAUUUCUACUUACUACUGAAAGGCCACGAGGCACGAAACAACACUUGGACAGCCCGUAUGUAUAGUCCUUAUGUCAACAUCGAUAGCCCAAGGAACAUGACUUUCUGGUAUCAUAUGAAUGGCGCCAACAUUGGACAUCUAAAACUAUAUCGCGAGUUUGCUGAUGGAACUAAACAGCAACUUUUUAUUAAGUCGGGGAGACAGAGUUCUGUUUGGGAGCAGGCGCAUAUAACGCUUCCUGUUGGUUUUUAUAAGUUGGUUUUUGAGGCCGAUGCAGCUCAUCACUACAGUAGCGACCUUGCAAUAGAUGACAUCCGUUUACAUGGUGGUUUACCAAUAGUAGGAUAGUAUGCUUCAUUUAAAUAACUGGAAAUUGUACUUAAUUACAUUAUAACUUAUCAUGUACUUGCAUGACACUUCGC